AUGCGUCUAAUUAACACGAGAACGCUGGAGCUUCACGAGUUCUCCGGCGAGAACGUACCUCCAUAUGCGAUUCUGUCACAUGUCUGGGGUGCCGAAGAAGUUACCUUCCAAGAUUGGCAGGAUCGCCACCUCGCAGCCUCAAAGCAAGGAUUUUCGAAGAUUAAUAAUGCGUGCAGCCAAUCUCUGAGUCAGAAUCUCGAAUGGCUCUGGGUUGAUACAAACUGUAUCGACAAGACCAGCUCGGCAGAGCUGACGGAAGAGAUAAACUCGAUGUUUGCAUACUAUCAGAAGUCAGAAGUCUGCUUUGCUUACCUAGCUGAUGUUCCUACAUCCAGUAAGGAUAGAGAACUGUUGUUUUUGCAAAUUCGAGCCAGCCAUUGGUUUACUCGCGGCUGGACACUCCAGGAACUGAUAGCACCGCGUCAUCUGGUGUUCUAUGCGGCUGAUUGGUCAAGGAUAGGCAAAAAGGAAGGAUCUUUGGCUGAUUUAAUCGCAUCGAUCACAAAUAUUGAUACCAUAUAUCUCAGCGGCAAGAGGAACAUAUCCAGGGUCUCCGUUUCGAAGCGGAUGUCGUGGCUGGCGAACAGAAAAACAACGAAGCCUGAAGACAUGGCUUAUUGCAUGCUUGGCAUAUUCGACAUCAACAUGCCUCUUGUCUAUGGAGAAAAAAAGAGGGCCUUCCUCCGUCUCCAGGAAGAGAUCAUCAGGACUUGCAACGAUCAUACCAUCUUCUGCUGGGAGUGGAACGAUGACGUCCCGAAAGACUGGGCAAGUUUUCUUGCGCCGUGGCCGACCGUGUAUAAAGGCUCUGGGGAAUACGAACAACUCAACAGCGACGGGAUAUCUGUCUUUUCAAUGACCAAUGCUGGCCUGUCCAUUCGGCUACCUGUCAUAACAGCUUUCGGGGCUUCACAUAUCACAGCCAGCUCUUGGUUCGUCAUGCUACAAGCGGCACCAGCAGCAAGCGCUACUCUCAAGCAUCUAGAGGUAGCAUGUCUUUCGGUUAUGGGCCGUAGGGUAGGCGACUUUCUCUAUGUCACACGGUUGUCUUACCCUCCUCGGCCCAUGACUAUAUCGAGGGAAUAUGCGGCAAGCUUCAAAACAGAGUCUCUUAUUGUGAUGGAUAGACUUUCAUAUCCUUCUAGACCCAUGCAUUCAUCGAGGGCCGGUGAAUCUCUUGUGAUGAAUAGAUUCACACCCGGUGGGGGGUCCAGAAAGAUGAAAAGCUCAACGGACGGCAGCGAUGACAACACGGUCACGUUCAUCCCCAUCUUCGACUCGCCGUGUCUUCAGGGCCGAUGGGACUUCCACGAUCUAUACGGGAGCGAUAUCAGCCCGCGAUCGCUAUUGAGUGCUAUCACGUUGACAACUGACGCUGACAAUAUUGGGGUGGCGGCAAUAUUGAUUACAAGAGCCGACAGGAAUCCAGAUCCAGAGUUUUAUAUCUUGCUUGGGGUAGAGAAGAGAGAAGACUCUUGUUAUGCUACGGCGAAACUUGUGGAAGCACGAGAGGGUGAUUUGGCAUGGGACUCUGAAGGUUUGGAGAAGACCAUGGCCCAAUGGAGGCAACGAGUCACUGCAGGCCGUUCUGCCAUCUCAGGGGCAUAUUAUAACAAAAGUCUCGAAUUGACAAUGGUACUAGGGAGGUCUACUGAUGUCAUAAGAAGUACCAGAAACUAUUACUUCGUGUGUUUCUAUGAGGGCGACGUGGCAUAUAAUGUGGCCAGAAUGGCACGUGGAAGUUUAUAG